AUGAAGUUGCUAGUCGAUAAAGGUGAGGAGCAUGAGAGUGAGGUUGGCCACGUUCAGAGGGUUCCCUCCACAUCCAAGGAGUCCGCACUCUUAGAAAAUGCCUUAAUGGAAAGAUUACCCAAACUUUAUGUGCUCCAUUUCCUUUUAAGUAAAAUGGAGGUGGAGCUGUGUGAAGAAGAGCACCUACAUCCCCCUGUCGCGACCACCAUACCUAAGAGAAUCGUUGAAGGGGAUGCUAGCAGAAGGAAAGCCAAGGUGAAGGAUGAGCCACAGAAAAGGUGCAGGCUCUCUGUGCCUCCAAAGCCAGAGCCCAACCCUCAAAAGACCCCUGUGAAGAAAGGAGAGAAGGUACCCAAAGAGGAAAAGGGAAAAGCAAAUACUGGUGAGGAUAGGAACAACCCUGCGGAAAACAGAGAUGCCCAAACAUACCAGGCACAGGGAGGUGAGGGUCCUGGAGACGCCAAGUGA